AUGAAUGAUAAUUCGUUAUAUGAUAAUAAUAGAAAGGAUGAGAAGGAAGAAAGCAAUAAAGAUGAUAGUAGCGACGAUUUUGUUUAUGAACCAUUGAGUGUUAGGAAAAAAAGAUUUAUGGAUAACUUAGUAAGCACAUUUGUAGAAGAAAAGAAAAACAAAAAAAACAAAGAAGAUGAAAAUUAUGAAGAUGAAGAAAGAAGAGGUGCUAAUGAUAGCAUGAACAAUAAAGAAGAUAAAAAAUAUAGUAACAAUAAUAAUAAUAAUAAUAAUAUAUGUGAUGAUAAUAAUGGUGAGUUUAAAAUUGAUUUUAAAAAAACAUUAUUAGAAACUUUUCAUAAGAUACGAUUAGAAAAAAAAAAUGAUGAAAUUGAUGAGACAGAAGAAAUACGAAAAAGAGAAGAAAAACUUCUGGCUCAAGUAUCUAAAGCAUUAAAUGCUCCUUUACAAUCAGUUAAAGAAAGAGCUAAAGGUAUAGUAUAUAAAAAAAAUGUAGAAUCUAUAUGGAGAUUACCUAAAAAAUAUAAAAUAUUAAAAAAGGAUUAUGUUGAAAAAAUUAGAAGGAUUUUUUAUAUUGAUGUUAAUGGUGAUAAUAUCCCUGCCCCAAUAAAAAAUUUCAAAGAUAUGAAAUUUCCAAAGGCUAUAUUAAAAGGUUUAAAAAAAAAAAAUAUUAAGAAGCCAACACAAAUUCAAAUGCAAGGAUUACCAUCUAUAUUAUUAGGAAGAGAUAUUAUAGGUAUAGCAUUUACUGGUAGUGGUAAAACUAUAGUAUUUGUUUUACCUAUGAUAAUGAAAUGUUUAGAAGCAGAAAUGAGAUGUAAAUUAGAAGAAGGAGAAGGACCGAUAGGUUUGAUUAUUUGUCCAUCUAGGGAGCUAGCUACACAAACCCAUAAUAUUAUAAAAUAUUUUUGUGAAUUUUUAUAUAAAGAUAAUUUUCCAGUAUUAAAAUCUUUAUGUAUGAUUGGUGGUGUAAGUGCAUAUGAACAAGGAAGAGAGAUUCAGAAAGGCAUGCAUAUGAUAGUAGCUACACCUGGUAGAUUAAAUGAUAUGUUAAAUAAAAAACGAAUGACAUUAGAACAGUGUAGAUAUUUAUGUUUUGAUGAAGCUGAUCGAUUGAUUGAUUUAGGUUUUGAAGAGGAAGUACGCAAUACAUUAGAUCAUUUUUCUAGCCAAAGACAGACUUUAUUAUUUAGUGCAACUAUGCCUAAAAAAAUACAAGAAUUUGCAAAAUCAACAUUAGUGAACCCAAUUAUUAUAAAUGUUGGUAGAGCAGGUGCAGCAAAUUUAGAUGUCAUACAAGAAGUAGAAUAUGUAAAGGAAGAAUUUAAAUUAUCAUAUCUUUUGGAUGUCUUACAAAAAACAGGUCCUCCUGUCUUAAUUUUUUGUGAAAAUAAAAAAGAUGUAGAUGAUGUACAUGAAUAUUUAUUAUUAAAAGGGGUCAAUGCAGUUGCUAUUCAUGGAAACCUAGGACAAACAGAAAGACAAGAAGCAAUAAAUUUAUUUCGAGAAGGGAAAAAAGAUAUACUUGUAGGUACAGAUGUAGCUUCUAAAGGUUUAGAUUUUCCAUCUAUUGAACAUGUAAUAAAUUAUGAUAUGCCAAAAGAUAUUGAAAAUUAUGUACAUCGAAUAGGAAGAACAGGACGUUGUGGAAAAACAGGUAUAGCAACUACUUUUAUAAAUAAAAAUCAAGAAGAAGCAAUAUUAUUAGAUUUAAAAGCUUUACUUAUUGAAGCCAAACAAAAAAUACCACCAUUCUUAGAAAUGUUAGAUAGUAAAGGAUUGAACUUAAAAGAAAUCGGAGGCGUCAAAGGAUGUUCGUAUUGUGGUGGUCUAGGACAUAGAAUCACUCAAUGUUCAAAAUUAGAAUCACAAAGAAAUAAACAAACAUUAGUAACAAAUAAGGACAUAUUAUCUAAUAAUAAGUAUAAUAGUAUGAAUGCAUAUACAGGGGACUGGUAA